CUAUGUCUGGACUGGAACUGCCCGUCAGUGGCCAAAGACGAAGUGCUGCCCAAAGACCCGAAGUUCGCGCUCAGCAGUGAGAAGAAGCUGUUCGAAGAGGCGCUGCUGAGGACCACUUGUCUCAAAUUCGUGGAACUGUUUCUCUCCCAGAAGUUCAAACUCCGGACAUUCAUAUCACCGAAACGUGUGAAGCGAUUGUUUCGCAAAAUACAAUCGCGAGACUUCUUUCAGACGGUGUGUUGGCAGACAAUACUCGGCCGAACCGCUGACGACCGGCAGCCCAAGAACUACAUCAAUCUGGAGCUCAAUUGGUUGGUAGAGGUGUGCACCGGAAUCGUUAAGUUCUUCGACGAGGAAGAGCUGGAGUUCUUCAUCACUCAACAGUUCCCGUACAGCGAGAGAGUGGCCGAACGUAAGGCCCUAUUAAUACUGAUUCUGUGGGCUGUGUUGGACUUCCGUCAAGACUUGGUCCGCGUGUUGUGGCGACACAGCGAACAACCAUUACAUAUGGCGCUAUUGAUCGCCGUUUGUUACGACCGGCUCUCGUGGUAUGUGACAGAAGAGGGUCGAGUCAACGAACUGAAGGCCGAGUCCAAGAUUUUCAUAACGUUCGCCACUCGAGUGCUCGACACCUGCCAUAAGGACUCUAUCAGUCGCACACAUCAGGUGCUCAACGAGAAGACCAAAGAUUACGGCUUCAGAACUCCCGUAGAUUUGGCCGCUUUCGGCCGUUUUAUGGACUUCUUUACGCACCCCUCGUGUCAGAUGUGGUUAACCAACAAGUUUUACGGCAAUAUAGCGGUGCGAGACGUCGGCAACACGUUAUUCAAAAUGCCGGUCGUAUUGAAAGUGUUGAUCAGCGCAUAUAUGCUGUUUCCCGCCUACUUCUGGAUCCGUUUGACCAACUAUUCAGUCAAAAGUGAUGACCGCGAAGAAGAGGUCGACGACGACGACGAAGAUCUGAGCUUAAAAGCCGAACGCAAAAAGAGUGAACACCAUAUCAAACCACCCGCGGCUAAAAACAACCCGAGUCUGGCCACCGCCUCUUCCGUCAGCCCGACGUCCAGCGAAGACGAGAGUAAGAGUCCAGCGGUAGAGCCGCCGAAGAAGACGGCCGAACCCAUUAAGAAGCCGGUGAUUAAACAGCACAGCGAAGAGAUCACCGGCGCGUUUGAUAAAGUGGUUUACAACCGAUACCCUCCGCCCUGGACUCUCAUCUACGAGCUGUGGAACGCGCCUAUUGUCAAGUUCUGGAACUUCCAGUACUUCUACAUCUUCUACUUGUCUAUAUUCAGUUUGGCAGUGCUGUACCCGCGCUGUGGCAACGUAUACCUCGACGGUGUCGUAUGCAAGUGGACCUUCUGGAUCAUUGUGGACGACGUGCGCCAGACGUAUAUCAUGAACAAUAUGGGCGCCAGUAUAUCGUUGCCCUCCCGCGCCAUAUGCAUCAGCUUUAAGGUCUUCUACCUCACUGUCUAUGUCUCCCAUCGACUCUUAGCCACGAGAGACACAACGUAUUUAUUGUUUACGCCUUACGGCGAAAAAGUAGUGCUAUGUCUGGCGCUGUUGUACUCCUAUUACGAACUGUUCACUAUAUAUCUGCCCAUCUCUGCCACUCUCGGGCCACUCAUAUAUCGGCUCAAAAUUAUGUUUUUGGUCGACUUCUUGAACUUUAUCCGACUCUCCAUUUUGGUCAUCAUUAGCUUCGGCAUUGUCUUACAGACCAUCUACUUUCCCGACCAGUCUAUUAGCAACGAGACCUUUCGACAGCUGUUCCACAGGGCCUUCUUCUCGCUCUUUGUCUCACCGAUCGACGAAUUAAUCCUGGACCAGAAUUGCGAGAACACAUACCUACUAAAGGACAGCAACCAGACGUCCGGCAUUUGUUACGCCAGUAGCUAUAGCUCCGACACGUGUCGUGUGACCGGUUUCUGGCCCUACACUUUCAUUAUCACAUACUUUGUUAUAUUAAAGCUAAUUCUGACCACUCUAUUGUACGCCAUGUUUGCUAUCAGUACUCAGAAACUGGCCGACAAUACGGACACCAUCUGGAAGUUUCAGCGCUACGGACUGGUCAUCGAUUUCGAGGUCCGCACAGCACUGCCCCCACCCCUCAACAUCUUCUACUACUGCUGGUGGGCUAUCACGUGGACCUACAGAGCCCUUCAGUAUCGGCCCUUUAAGAAAGACACUUUUAAAUUCAAAGACCUGUUUCUGUCAUCGGAGGUGAAAAGUCAGUCUAAACCGUUGGCCGACGACGACUACACUUAUCUGAAACUACUGGCCGAUCAGGUAUACGACGCCCAUCACAGCCACACCAGCGCCGAGACACUAGCGAUGCUUCAAUGGGAACGCAUUAAAUGGUUUGGACAGGAAUUGGAGGCCAAUAAGCGAAUGAUGAGACAAUUGCACGGCAAACAGGCGGAGAUGGAGAGAUCACUUAAACUGCUUGUGUCCAAAACCAAGAUCUAUUCGGGAAACAGACCGGUGCUAAUAGUGGCCGAACCGGAGCUCAUAAAACAGAUUUGUGUGAAAGACUUUAACGUCUUCACGGAUCGCAACACUAACACCAGAAGGCAUCCGAUUCUGAGCCGCCAUUUGGUGGCCGAAAGCGGCGACGACUGGAAACGGAUCCGAUCUAUAGUGACGCCGACGUUCAGCUCCGGGAAGAUGAAGAAAAUGUAUCCAAUGAUCAGACAGUGUUUGGAUGACUUCGUCACCGAAUUAGACGUUUACGCCGACAACAAAAAGGACGUCAAUAUAAAGACAAUGUAUGGCAACUACACAAUGGAUGUGAUCUCUUGUUGCGCUUUUGCCACCAAAACUAACUCACAUAAAGACCCAAACGAUCCGUUCAUUAUAAACGCCCAGAAAGUGUUCGCACCGGCGAUGUCUCGCAUAUUAUCGUUGCUUUUAUUGCCGGCGUUUGUGUUAAAGGCUUUAAAUAUGAAAAGUCUGGCCGAAGAGUCGGCCAACGAGUUCUUCUUCAACAUCACUCGACAUAUAAUGAAAGAGCGAAAGACAAGUAACAAGAAGUACAACGACUUCAUCGAGUUAUUGAUGAACGUCCAGAAGGAUAGCAGUACUAAAAGUAAUGGUAAUCAUAAUAUGAAAGAUGCCAUUCAUUACGACGAUAACGAUGACCGCGUCAGCACCCAGAAGAAACACCGGCCUAUACUCUGUUGCCGGUGUUGUAAUUGCAAGCCCUCAUACGAGUUGGCACUCAAUCCUAUUUGCCAACAGAAACUAUACGAAGAGGUGAUCUCUUCGACGGACGCGAAGGGAGAGAUUGAUUACGAAGUGUUGGCGAGACUUCCGUUAAACCUACUCGUCAACCUAAUCCCUAUCUAUGCGGUCCAUCACAACGAGGAUCUGUACGAAAAGGCCGAAAGUUUUAUUCCCGAGAGAUUUUUGCCCGAAAAUCGUCACAAAAUCAAACCCUAUAGUUAUAUACCGUUCGGCGCCGGACCUCGUAAUUGCAUUGGUAUGCGGUUCGGGUUAAUGGAGGCUAAGCUGGCAUUGGCUCAAGUGAUUAAGAGGUACCGAUUCUUGCGGACUUCCGCCACAGAUGUGCCGCUUCUGCUCAAUAAGAGCACAAUUCUUCAUUCGCCCAAAAGAGUGAUACUUGGGAUUGAAAAACGCCUAUAA